AUGGAGUCUAUGCUUUGCAGUUUUACGGACAUCUUGAGUGAUGAAGUACAUGACUCGCAACCUAUUUCGCUUUCGUCUUCGAGUAAUAUUAAUAAUUCUCAAACACAAGUAACAGAUGAUAUAAAAAGUAUUGUUAAAAAAGUCCGACCUUCUAAACGUACAGGACAAUACGGCGACUUUAGAAGUAUAGAUGAAAUUGAUCCGAAAUAUAGAGAUGUAUUUUCUUAUCCAUUUUUCAAUUUAGUACAAUCGAAGGUAAUAGAAGAUGCUUUAUAUUCAGACAAGUCUAUAGUGGUAAGCGCCCCUACAGGUUCUGGGAAAACUGUUGUUUUUGAAAUGGCUAUAGUACAGUUGUUAAUGGACAUGGAUGAUAAAAAUUAUACUGGCGAUUUCAAAAUUAUUUAUAUGGCUCCUGUAAAAGCUUUAUGCACUGAAAGAUUAACAGAAUGGUAUCCAAAAUUUACGCAACUUGGUUUGCUCUGUAUUGAAGUUACUGGAGAUACAGAUGUUGAUUUUAAUCAGUUAAAACCGUACCGAAUCAUAAUAACGACGCCAGAGAAAUGGGAUAUGCUCACUCGGAGGUGGAGAGACCAUAGAGGGCUAGUGGAAGUGAUAAAAUUGUUUCUCAUCGAUGAAGUCCACAUACUGAAUGACGAAGUACGCGGACCGGUGUUGGAAGCGGUCGUCAGUAGAAUGAAAACUAUAGAGUCUUCAGCACUGUCGGCUUAUCGAAUUGAACAACUUAAAAAACAAUAUAGUACAGAUCAAAAUAUAACUAAUGUGGCUAUAGAUGAGUCACCACCGCCUAGGAUUAGAUUCAUAGCUGUGUCUGCUACUGUUAGCAAUCCUGAAGAUGUUGCGACAUGGUUGGGAACUAGUGAUAAGCCGGCAGUAUAUUUUAGAUUCGGCGACGAGUGUCGUCCAGUUAAAUUGAAGCGUGUGGUAGAAGGAUACCCAUGUUCUGAGGGCACCAGUAUAUUCAAGUUCGACAUUACGCUCAAUUACAAACUAUGGCCGAUUAUUCAGAAAUAUCAUAACGGCAAGCCAACACUUAUAUUCUGCAAUACAAGAAAGAGCGUUAUACUCACAGCAGAAACGUUAUCUCGAGAGAUUACGAUCAAUUUCAAUUCCGAGCAGAAAGCUAAAUUGAUGGCAUUAGCUUCCACAAUUAAGAACAAGAAAUUACAGUCACUGAUUCUGGCUGGAGUUGCAUGCCAUCAUGCUGGUUUGUUGUUUGAAGAGAGAAAUAAUAUAGAAAAAGCUUUUAGAAAUAGAGAUCUGCCAAUACUUAUUACUACUACAACAUUAGCAAUGGGUGUAAACCUCCCAGCGCAUCUUGUGAUCAUCAAAAACACGCAGCAAUAUGUCAACGGAGCUUAUCAGGAGUAUAGUAUCAGCACGGUACUGCAGAUGGUCGGCCGCGCUGGUCGGCCGCAGUACGACACGGAGGCCACCGCUGUCAUUAUGACCCGAUUGAAUGAUAAGCCCCGAUAUCAGGCUCUAGUAUGUGGCAGCGAGCCGCUACAAAGCUAUCUUCACAAACGAUUGGCUGAAAACCUAAACAGUGAGGCAGCACUAGGCACAGUGAGUGAUGUCGCACAGUGCGUACAAUGGCUGCGUUCUACAUUCCUUUACGUUAGAGCAGCACGUGACCCCAGGAGGUACCUUGGGUUGCCUACUAAUGCUCCAAAUCAUAUGAUCUCGAAGAAAAUUGAGGAACUGUGCGUUAGAGCAAUGAACGGAUUAGCGACCGCGGGGCUUAUCACAAUGGACGAAGCCAGUUGUAUUGAGUCUACCGAAGCUGGUCGUCUUAUGUCAGUCUUCUAUUUGGAUCUAGAAACUAUGAAACAUAUAAUGAAGGUAGAAGGCACAGAGAGCCUCGACCGACUAUUAUGGUUGGUUUGCGAAAGUCACGAGUUAGCGGACAUGCACCUCCGAGUCGACGAGCGGAGGUGCCUCAAUGCGCUCAACAGGAAUAACGCCGCGGCCACCAUAAGGUUCCCUAUGAAAGGCAAAAUUAGCACGCGACAGAUGAAGCUCAACUGUAUUAUACAAGCGGUCCUUGGCUGCCUGCCCAUACCAGACCCAUCCCUAAAUCAAGAGGCCAUGAAGAUUAUGAGAAUUGCUGAGAGAGUAUGCAAGUGUUUAGUCGCAUACGUAACACGACCAGAUUUAAUGUCGCAAAAACCGAAAUACUAUACGGCAAUAGUGAAUUCUAUAGUGCUCGCGAAAUGUAUAGCCGCACAUUUGUGGGAAAACUCGCCCUACGUGAGCAGACAGAUGAAGGGAAUAGGGCCAACGUUUAGCACACUCCUCGCCACGGCGGGCAAAACUAACUUCAUGUUGCUUGAAGAAAGCCAUCCGAGGGAUUUAGAGAGGAUUAUGAACAAAGGACCACCUGCCGGCAAUGUUCUAAGAAAACAAAUAAGCUUGUUGCCGAAAUAUCAGAUUAAAAUGACACCUGUAGAUGAAAAAACUGUGUCCGUACAUGUGGAAUUAUUAAAUCAAAGUUAUUUGUCCGAGAAUAUGGAACACUUGACAGCAGGAGAAUCCCACAAAAGUUAUAUUAUUGUAGGCGAUUCUGAAAACCAUAUAUUGUUGUUGACAAGUUUCAAAGAUAAAGAUUUAAUAGGCAUGUAUGACGCAAGUAUUACUUAUCAUAUUACGAGGAAACACAAUUACGAGCAUAAAAUUAUAGUUAAUUGUAUUAGCUCAAACUUUGUUGGUAUAGACGCACAAUGUGAAUAUGUAUUCAAAGACUUAGAACAUACGCGACCAAACAUAUUAAUGCAGAUAAACGAAAAUGUAGAUACGAAACAAACUAUGCAAAAAGAUAUACCUGCAACAGAUUCGUUUAGACAACGUAAAAGAAAAAAUAAUAACAUAGACAUAACGUUGUCCAAAGAAAAAAAGAAAAGAGAAGAAAUAUUUGCACAAAGAAUGAGUACUUUAAAAGAAUCUUUUGAGAAAACUUCGAAAGAGGUUAAAGAUAAUUUACGAAAGUCAGGAGAAAUUUCAAAAAAUUUGCUAAAUGAAUUAGUUUAUUCCAACAGAAAUGAAUUAGAAAGUGAGAUUACGCCACCUUCAAACUUGUAUGAAAGUAAUAUUACUGAAAUAAGUAUGGAUGUCGAACAGCAAGAUAAUGAAGUUUCAAUCUUAGAAAAUGAACUUCAGCAGAUUGGCCAUAACGAGUUUUCAGAUAAUCACGAAAUUGAUAAUAUAUUAAAUAAAAUUGAAAGUGAAAUAUCAAAAGUUAAAACAUUAAAUAAUAAAACAUCUACUUCUGUCUGUACACAAAAAAAUAUUAUAAAAUCUUCAAGAUAUAAUAAUAGAUCAAUAAUUAAUAAACAUAACAAAGCAAAUUCAAAGUGCUCUAAUAUUAAGAAAAUUGAAAGUACUAAUCAAACGAACUAUGCAUUUAUAGACUUACUAGAAAAGCAAUUAUAUCUAACCAAUGACAAUGAACACGAAGAUCAUUCAAGAGAUACAAAAUUUUCAGACACAAUAAAAUUACAAUUAGAUGACUAUUUACAAAAAAUAGGAGAGUCUGUAAAUAAACCUAAAUAUAGUGGCAUGCAAAUUAAUGAAUUAUUGAACGAAGAAACUGACGAAGGUAAUAUUUUGCAAAAAGAAGACAGCUAUGAUAGUAAAAACAAUAUUGAUAGUAGAUUAUCAGAAGAAACGCUUUUAUCAGCAAAUAUUGAUCUAAUUAAUAAUAAUAUGAGUACAUUUCACAAUAUAAAACUUCAUAAUGUGGUAGAUAGUAAAAGAAACACCCAGACAACCCAUAAUUUAUCAAAUAAUAAUAUUGUUAAAACAAUAAAUGAAGAUAAAGAGAAGAAGAAGAAUCAAAAUAAUGAUAAUUGUAAUUCUGACCUAAACAAUUGUCUGAUGCUGUAUAAAACUUUAAUGCCAAAUACUAAAGAUAUACUGAUAGUUAAGCAAUUAAAUUUACAGCCAAUUUUGGUGCAAAGUACUAGAUGCAAUAUUUCACCAGAUUUAUUUAGUAAUAAACCUAAUAUUACAAUUAAUUUCGAUCAAAAUUUGAAGGAAAUACUUCAUUACAACCAUCGUCCAAAACUACAUACAAAAACAGAAUAUCAGAGUAUGUCUAAUAUUACUCCUAUGGAAAUGGAGAAUUGUACGAAACCCAUGUCUAAAUUUAUUAAACAAUACUCGUAUUCAUCUAGUGAAAUAAAGAUCACUACACAUAACACAAUUAAUUGUCAGAUUUGUAUUAUGAAGCGUUUGUCUAUAGAUUUAGAUGUAAGAGAAAUAGUUUCAAAAAGAAAUGAAAAAACUGACCACAAUGUUUGUAAUUUUAAAACUUUUAAUAAACAUAAUGGAAGGGAAAAUAAAAGUAUUGAACUCCAAGAUUCUAUAGAAUAUAUCGAUCGUCAAUGCAGCAUAUCUAAAAGUUCAUACAGUGACAUAAAUAAUAAAGUGGAUAAUAUGGAAAAUGUAAAUAAAAUUAAAAUGAUGAAAAAAGAACGCCAGAAUCUUAAAACAGAUCUUAUGGAUUCUAAUUCUACAUGUGACGUAAAACUAGAAAAUAUAUUACAGAGAUAUAGCCAAAUUUUAAAAAAAAAUGACAAUCAUGCCGCAAAAGUCACUACAGAAAUUAAUAAUAAUAAAACUUAUGAAGUAAAGAUUGAAGAAGAAAAGCGACCGUUCAAAAUUACCGAUAUAAACAAAAUUCAUAUCUCAUUACCUGAAGUUAUCACUGAAAGUAUUGACUCGAAGAGACCUAAUAUAUCUCAAACAACUGAAAUAAAAACAAAUUAUCACGAUAAACAAUUAUUGCAAACGAAUGAUAAUAUUGAAAAAGAAGUACAUUUUAAUACCGAAUCUAAUAGCACAGACUCCGAUAUACUGCCAGAUACUAUAGCAGGAGAUCUAUAUAGGGACGAUUUUAAAAUCGAUCAAUCUAUGUUUAAUCCAAAAACACUUUUGCAAUGCUUGACAAAAGAGGACUCCGAACUAAUAAUACCACCACCUAUUGAAUUUCGUGAUACUAGUUAUUCGCCAGGUCAUGAACAAGAACCGUCUAAAAGUUACCUUAUAGAUAUAGAUAAUCCCUUUUUAAUUUGUGAUAAAAACAGUUUUAUUGAAGAAGAUUUUGAAUUGAAUAAUGACGAAUGUAUUUAUAAGGAAAUAUUGAACGAUGAACAUAUUAGGUCUCAGAAAACCGUUGAAACAUGGCCCAUUUCACAAGAAAUAUAUCGCGAAAAAUCAGAACCUAGCCAAAAUACUUGGACUGUAGACGGAAACUUUACUGAAGGCACAAAUAGACAUUCUAAACUGAAUCAAUUUAAAUUCAUGCAUAAAGAUAAAUAUAAAAGAUUAUAGUUUUAAGUAUCUUGUUUUUGCUACUUAAUUUAUAGGCUAAAACCUAUUAAUGAAUAAUAUGUUUUCUUAAUUUA